AUGAGCGCUUCCACCAGACUCGUCCGCAAUGCGGCCCAAUCGUCAUUCUUGACUGGAGCUCGGGCUUUCCCUCGUUCUGGCCCCUCCUCCGCAUACACAGCAUUCCUUCGACGUAAUACACGAACAAUGCCUUCUCAGAUGCCGGCACUGGCUAUUCUGAUUCCACGCAGAGGUGUCCAGACUGACACACAUACCACUGGAGCCCCUUCAUCUGGCCCGCCGCCUGGGUUCAACCCUGAUCAGGCUAAGAGACCUCUCAGUGACGACCCUAAAGCGCCAACGAAGGAGACGGUGGCAAAUAUGGCCGAGAAGCAUGAUGUUGAGCCAGUUCCCAACAACCAAGCCACUGCGGUCCCAAAAACAGAUGCCGUUGAGGCGCUCACGUUGUCGGAGUUGGCUGGCAAGAAAGAUAAAUCCGUGGAGACAACUGACGGCAAAAAGGCAGAUAAGAAGUUGACCAUCGGGCAAAAGAUCAAGAAGGAAGCACAGCACUACUGGGAUGGGACUAAGCUACUUGCCACCGAAGUCAGGAUAAGUACCCGACUAGCCUUGAAGAUGGCAGCUGGCUACGAAUUGAGUCGGAGAGAGCACAGACAACUGCAGCGAACAGUACAAGACAUUGGCCGACUAGUUCCCUUCUCGGUAUUCGUGCUAGUUCCAUUCGCCGAGUUACUGCUUCCAGUAGCCUUGAAGUUGUUUCCCAACCUUCUCCCCAGCACAUAUGAGGCGCAAAAGUCAAAAGAUAAUAAGGCUGCGAGCCUCAGAGGCACCAGAAAGGACGUCAGCAACUUUCUCCGCAAUACCUUGAAAGAGACUGGAUUGCCAUUAAGUCCUUCAAACGCGCAAAAGGACGAGUUCUUGAAAUUCUUCCGCAAGGUCCGAUCUACUGGAGAGCAACCUACACCCAACGAUGUUAUCAAUGUUUGCAAGAUUUUCAAAGACGAUUUGACUCUAGACAAUCUUUCGCGACCACAGCUAGUCGGCAUGUGCAGGUACAUGAAUCUCAACACAUUCGGUACCGAUAUGAUGCUCCGAUACCAAAUCCGCCAUCGCAUGAGACAAAUCAAGCGUGACGACCGAGCAAUCAGCUACGAAGGCGUCGACAGCCUAUCAGUCCCAGAACUCCAAGUCGCAGCCCAAAGCCGUGGAAUUAGAACCCACGGUGUAUCCCCAGCCCGCCUACGUGAUGACCUUCAGCUCUGGCUAGAUCUUCGACUCAAAAACGGCGUCCCAUCCACGCUUCUAGUCUUGAGCAACGCCUUCAUGUACGCACAAGGCAAGGAGUCGGAAUUUUCCACCCAAAUUGACGCACUCACCGGUGUCCUGUCCUCCAUUCCUGAAGAAUUGUUCCAUGAGAUAGAACUCGAAGUCCACAAUGCCGAGGGAGCAGCUACCAACAAGCAACGUCUUGAAGUCCUGAGGGAGCAGCAAGAGCUCAUCGAAGAAGAAAACGAGCAGGAUGAGGAGAACAAAGAAUCUGGACGCGCUACCCCUAGAGAUGACGAGGAUAUCGAUGAGAAAGAGGAGCGCAGACUGGAGGCUGAAUCUACUGCAGCUGGCAAGGAACAAGCCAGUGAAGCUAUUGAGGCCGAGAAGGAGGGCGUUGAGGUGCAGAGGAAGGAGGUGGCGGCUGCUGAUGAGAAGAAGUCUUCUUAA